CCGUUGUAAAACCCAAAUGACACAGCUUCUUUAAAAAUUCCCAACGGCUCGGAUGUUAUGAGAAUUUUCGAAAAAUCUGACGUCAUACAAAAACGACAACGCCCCCAAGAGAGCCGGGGAUGAAUGGAGAGGGAAGCCGCCAAAGGCUGCCGGCCGGUAUCACACCACCGUCCGCACGUGCCGCGGCCUCAACCCACCAAUCACAGCACAGAAACACGGAUAAGGAGAAAACAAUGGAGGAAGUAGUUAUAAGAGAGAUGCCGCCUUUUCCAUCUUCACAAGCCGCCUUUUUCAGGACACAACAUCGGCGAGCCGAGCAGUGCCACUCCCAUCGUACGCUACGUCCGAGAUAAAAUCUACAGCUCAGAGAAAAACAUGGGAUUUCCUGAGAUGUUUGCACUGUUGACCGUUCUGUCAACCAUAGCGGGGAUAGAAGCAUCUCCAUUGAAGGGGAAAGGAUGGAGAAGGCAGCUGCUGGAGGGUGAGAUCUCCCUGAUGACUAAGAACAACACGGACGCUGACAUGGUGUUCCUGCCGCUGGGCCGCCAGAUCAAGCUCGGUACCGUGGUCUUCACACUGUCCGACGUCGCCAAGAGUCAGAAUGGAAAGAGAAGCACACGGCGACUCCUGAAGGAACUGAGGGAGGAGAUGAAGGAGACAGGGGGUAAGGUCAACAAGCUGCAGAGAGAUUCACCGUCGUCAUAUGAAGCAGAAGUAUCGCUGCAGUCUCGCACCAACAAAGUCGUGUCGUCCGGACAGUGCACCCCGGACAACGUGGGUGAUAUCAAGAUAGACGAGACAGAAGAGGCGCUGGACAUCUGUACGGGGCAGGAGUGGCGAGGCCUGUUCCCGCCCCCCAGCCGGGACCCGAACCGCCCGGGCCGGAGCUGCCUGGAUAUCCUGUUCCGCGGGGACAGCCGGGGGGACGGCAUGUACUGGAUCAACCCUAAAAACAGAGCCGACAACAGGAACGCCUUCCGUGCCUACUGCGACAUGACCACGGCCGGUGGAGGCUGGACUCUCGUUGCCAAGGUAACGGACGACUACAGCUGGGUGUGUCCGGAAAAGCAGGGACAGUCAUGCGCAGAAUCGGUGAUAGACCCGAUGCAGGCGAACCUGUUCCACGAGAUUCACGAGCGCGACACUGUCCCGCUGACUGAUGGGAUAGGGCAGGACACAGGCGUGCACCUCAAGAACAACAUCAUCCGGGACAUGUUCCUGCUAGGUCGGCAAUCCGUCCGGUUCAGCUUCGUGGCCGAGACGUCUGAUUGGACGAUCAGUGAUGACGCGUACGCCGCCUUCGACGUCAACAAACCAAACGACAUGUUUAAGGACGGCCUGUGGGGGGCCUACAGCACCACCAGCCUGGACUACACGUGGAACGUCAUCCGCCAGGACAGACAGGACAAGAAGUUCUCCGGGGACAUGAUCUGCUGGGGGAACAAGGCUGGGGAGAGCUACAGAUAUUACGACGAAGGUCUCCACAUGGGCAGCCCUGCAAAAGGCGGGAAACCUUGUCACCUAGCAACGAACGAGAACGAGAUCAUGAUGAAGAGCCUGUACGCCACAGUCAACAGUAACGGCCAGGCCAGCUGGAACCCCGCCCAGUUCGGCUUUCUGGGCGCCAAACUCAUGCAAGUGCCAAACGACAGAAUAGCCAUUUGGGUCAGAUGAUCACGAUACACUUUAAAGAAGCGAAAACUGACAUAAUAUUCGUAUUUGUAUGCCGCUUUGUUCUUUCGUGUCAGAAUAUUCUAAAAGUCAACUCCUUGUAUGGUAAACUAAAUAGAUGAUAGUGCUAUCGGUGCUCUUGUCACAAAAUCAACAAACUUUGUGAUUCUUCGAAUGUCUGGAUCCGAUUCAGACCUCUGGUACCAUGUUUUACAUUAUGUAUAUUUGUCAGGAAGCAUAAAUGUAAAUGUGUGAUUAUGGGCAGCUAAUGGUGGAGUUCAAAUUGAGUAGCAUUUAUGUCAUGUUUUCUGUGUAUAGUAUGUCAUAUAUGGUAAUGUAUAUGUUUCUUGUUUGUUCUUGAAUUUAUCAAUAUUGUUAAAUGAAUGUUGAAACUAUGUGUUAUGUUCUUCUCUACGUUCCAAAGAAGCUACAUUGUUGAGUAUUCAUAAGUUUUGUUCCGAACUACGAUAGAGACAGCCCCUGACACCAGUAAACAAUAUUCAUUUGUUGUUGGUGUUGUUUGUUGCCAUCGUUCUACCAUACUCUACUGUGUUCUUCUUGGAAUGUAUAUAAUUAAAGCUAUGUGUAUAUAUUGUUAAUCAUUGCCAUGCGUGCUCUGUAUAAUAGACACCAAUCUUACACGUCAGAGCAAGCUCAUGAUAUAAAUGUCAACUGUCUUUUAUUUUAUUCGAUGCAUCUGAAACAUUUAUGACUUCGAUUAUAUUAAAAAAAUUCGUUGAAUUUGUUGAAUUGAAA